UUUUUUUGAACACAACUUUCUUGUUUCAGGCAACUCUAUGUUAUACUUUACUCAAAGCCAUCACAGUGGAAUGCAAGGCUAAAAAAGUGAAAUGGUGGCAUGCCAGUAUUGUCAUGGGUUUCAUAGGAUUUGUCUUAGGUUGUGCGGUUCUGUUACAACCUAAUUUUGAUAUUGUACACCUGCUAGACCAUUAUAUUGUCGGCAACUUAAUUUUAAUAACUGCAGUCGUUGAGGUUAUGGCAAUGAUUGCUUUCUAUGGGACAGAAAGAAUAAGAUCUGAUUUCGAAUUCAUGCUUGGACAUAUUCUGUCGGGAUUAUGGCUCCUCUUGUGGUGGGCUGCACCUCUCAUUCUCACAGCCUUGUUCGCUUGGGGGAUGAUCACUCUACCCAUGGAGGGCAUCUUCAGAGAAGAUCCACCCUGGUUGUACUUGACAGGAUGGGGUGUGGUACUGGUAGCUUCCCUCUUCAUUUUUAUCAAAGGAGUACACACAGUUCACAUUCAAGAUGGAUAUACUUGGAAAGACGGGGGUGCUGAAAGAAUGAAUCCUUGGGGCAUGCCACAUUUCACAUCAAGUUUGACUGACUUCUUGAUGAAGACACAAACACCUCUGCUUAUGUUGAAUACUUUCGAAGCCAUAAUGCUGGAAUAUCUUUAG